CAGCAUUGGUUGCCCAGAUGGCCCCGUGCCAGCCUCAGGAAUUCCUCUUUGUUCCUGUCGGAGGGAAAGCCAAAAUCUCUUGUGUUUCUAAUGGAACAUUAGAUAAAUUGUUUAGAAUUUCCUGGUACCGAAGAACAUGGAGAGUCGGAGAAAACCCUGAGCUCAUUCUAGAUUGGGGAGAAGUGACCAAAGGACAUAAAUAUAAUUGUACUCACACAGAGAGGAGCAGCAGCCUGGAAAUAAACAAUGUGAAGGAGGAGGAUUCCGGGACCUACUAUUGUGCUCACUUUAUUUAUAUGUCACUGAUCUUCUCUAAUGGGACAACUCUCAUUGCCGGAGACAGCUUCACUGCAAAAAGUUCCGUCCACCUGAUGGCCCCUCCUUCUUCUCCUCUUCCAAAUACCUCAGUCCAACUGGCCUGUGUGGCUUCAGCUGUUGGGUAUAUGGUUCAUAUUUCUUGGAACCUGUCAGGGACCCCUCAGAAGGGCAGGGUCGUUGCUAUGGAAGAACCUGGUGGCACAUUGACUUUCCUCAGUUAUAUCACAGUUCCCAGAGACACCUGGUACCAGGGCGCGAGUUUGUCUUGUCAAGUGAGGUUUAAUUCCUCCUCCGCCACUGCUGUCCAUGGUCAGGCUACAAGACAAGAAGAAGUGCAAUUUGCCCACGUGUGUUCCUUCUGUAUCAGAUCAGUGCUGACGGGGGUUAUCCUGUUGGCGUUGGCUCUGGCUGUACAUCUCUCCUGGACGUGCCCAUGAUCAGGCUGACAUCACAAAGAAGCUAAUUCCCCAACUCAAUGUAUUUUGGAUUCUCAAGCGUUCCAUAUAUAUAUAUAUAUGAAAUAUGAGAUGGCAAGAACCAGAAGUACCAACCUACUGCAGUAUAUAUUACAGAAAUGCAGUGUAAAGACCAAUUUUGUGCUUUGCCUUGAACACCAAUGUCUGUGGUUUCAUUUUUUCUGAAAGAACGAGAGUUCCGGCGGGUAUUGAUGUAGAAAGGGUCUGAGAGCAAUAUGUGUGAUGUGACCACACUAUAUAAAUACCUCAGUGCUGCCCGCUUGGCCCAUCUCCCAGGGGCUGUUUCUCUCUGAUGCUCGCGUCGUGCCUAGUGCAGAUGCUAACCUCAAUUUGAAAAACAGAAAUUUUUUUGUACAAAUUAUCUGCAUAAUCUGCCAUAUCUCCAGGGUAAAAAUCACUUGAGAGCUUUCAUCUUCCCCAAUGGUCAUGUGAAGUCAAAAUCUACAAUAAUAAUAGUGGUCCUGUUUUCCGCUACCAAAAAAGACAUUAGGUUGGCACAAAGUCCCUCCUGGGUAAGUCACCUUUCUGACACUGUUCCAACUGGGUUUCUCCACGUCUAGUGAAACAAUAUCGAAACGUCUAAACUGUGUAAUUUUGAAAAUGUCCCAUUUGCAGAAGGGUUUCACUCAUCCCUAGUCCUGGGUAUGUGGUCUCCCCCUAGAGGUGUAUAAGGAUAAAGCUGGCUAUACUCUGAUAUUAUCGUUCAAAACAAUGUUUCAUAUUAUAUUGGGUGCAUCCAUGGUGGAUUGACCAGGCCACCGAUAUUGAAAAAAGCCUUGGAUACCACUCCUCCCGUCGAUCGGGCAGAACAUUGAAGGCACCCAAGCAAAGGCAAGCGUUUAGGGCUGAAUUGUCAGACUGGAGUAGAAUUCCUAUUGUUUCUACCUCCAUAUCUCACCAUUCAGCUCUCAACGUUAGUGGAGGGUACAAGCAAUCUUUCCUGCAAGCAAUGGUCUCAGAAAAGAUUAUAAUUGUAACAUGUAUGGCCACCUUUAUGCAGGGUCUGAAUAUUUUAUUUGGGAAACUGUGGUCCAAAGGGGUUCAAUAAAGACUGUUAUUUAGGAAUGGCCCAAUCCAUAAACUCAUAAAUUCUGAACCACUAAUGGGAAAAACUAUGUAACCGCACAAUUAAAGUUUGUGUAGAGCAGUAAAUAGAGACGGCAGGAAUUACGACAGAAGUAUCCCUUAACAACAGGAGACCAUACGUUCCUAUAACAUUUGUAUUGGUAACUGUAAAAAUAAUAGAUAUUUUUUACAAUUGUAUUUUUAAGUUGUAUAUUAGCGGGCAACUCCAAUUUUUUUAUUUUUUUAUUUUUUACAUAAUGGAUGAAAAUGUAGUUCCAUGUACUUUCCAAUAUAUAUAAAUAAAAAUACACAGUUGGGUUUAACAUCA